AUCAUCCAACAAACACACACACACACACCCACAGAGUGAAACAAACAGUCACGUAUCCAAAAUUCGCGUCGUAUCCAACAUAAUAAAAGUACCAUUCGCAUUUAAAUCUAACUCCACCACUUCUCUCUCUCUCUCUCCAAUCUCCAAACUCCAUCGCAAGCUAAAAAAGCAGAGCAUUCACACAGCACAGCACAGCACAGCACAGCAAAACGCAACGCAACAGAUCUAAGAUCCAAACCUCAAUGCGUUUCGCUCAUUUCCUGAUCUGAGGGUAUAGUUCAGUUUUGCGGACGCAUUGUUUUAUACAAAAGUGGCUAUGUCAAGGAGGCAAGUAGGCUCCACACGGCGUGGUGGAAGUCUUCCGUUUGUGGGAGUCAUAAAUUCAAAAUCGAAAUCUUCUCCCUUAGUAUCUGUAGUUCUUGUCGUUCUGGGAGUAAUCCUUCUUAUCGGCUAUGCUUCUCGAAGUUCUCAUAGCUCAGGUGCAUUUGGAGGAAGUAGAGAAACAGAUAGCAAGAUUGAAGGUGACUUUUCAUGCACCGCAGAAGUUGAGAGAGCAAUACCUUAUCUAAAGAAAGCAUAUGGUGACAGCAUGCGCAAAGUUUUGCAUGUGGGCCCUGAUACUUGUUCAGUGGUCUCCAAAUUGUUAAAAGAAGAAGAAACUGAGGCAUGGGGUGUGGAACCGUAUGACAUAGAGGAUGCUGAUGGAAUCUGCAAGAGUCUUGUGCACAAAGGCAUUGUUCGUGUGGCUGAUAUCAAGUUCCCUCUACCCUAUAAAGCAAAAUCUUUUUCUCUUGUUAUUGUGUCAGACACAUUGGAUUACCUGUCUACAAAAUUCCUGAACAAGACCCUUCCAGAAAUUGCUAGAGUGUCUUCUGACGGUCUUGUUAUCUUUACAGGUUACCCUGGUCAACAGAGGGCUAAAGUUGCUGAGUUGUCUAAAUUUGGACGGCCGGCAAAAUUGCGAAGCUCGUCUUGGUGGGUACGCUUUUUUGUCCAGACCAGCUUAGAAGAAAAUGAAGCUGCCAUAAAGAAGUUUGAGCAGGCUGCAUCCAAGAAUUCAUACAAGCCAAGCUGCCAAGUUUUCCAUCUCAACUCAUACCAUUGAUAUUUUAAGAUUUAUUACAUUUUAUCAUCAUUUUUGGGACUCUCUCAUGCAACAACCCCACAAAAGAGGAAAAAAAGUGAAAAGAAAAUGUCCAGUGCUCAUAUAAAAUGCACCCUCUUUGAGGUUAUCAGCUUUGGUACAAUAGAUGUUUAUGAUAUUCCUUAUGUUUUGUUCCUAACAUUAUACAAUCAAAUAUUUAUUAAUUUAAUUGGAAAAAUAGCCUGCAUUCUUUUUCUCUGUAAUCUCUCUUGUUAUAUUCACAAUUUUUGGGAAUUUCUCAUGCAAACAAAAUAGAUAAAUAAAUAAAAACUAGUAUGAAAAGAGGGGAAGAAGAUUUUCAGCUUUCUCAUACAAAAUGCUUCUUUGUGGGCUA